CACUCCCCCUCCCCCAUUCAUUUACCCUAACUCAAAUCAAAAACAAGCAAAGGCGAAAAUUUGUGCAAACACACUUCCAAGGCUGCAUCAAGGCUCCAAUCACAUUGCUAUACAACAUUCAAAAGCCCACAAAUCACUCAAUUUGAACAUGUCAGGCAACCAACCAGCACGCAUCAGACAGGGUAGGGAGACCCAGACUGCGUCAGCUACACAGGGAAUGGGUGGCGCUAAGGGAAAAAAGGAGGUGAAGGAGAAGAAGAAGGUUUCGACCGGCUCUACUUCGUGCUCUCGCGGAGUGAAGGAGGUGAAGGAGAAGAAGAAGGUUUCGACCGGCUCUACUUCUCGUUCCCAGGGGGCCCGGGGCCCGGAUGCUCAAGCUCAACUAUCUGGCGUGAGAGUCGUGGUUGAUGCUGAUGGUUCUGAGACUGAGUGGGAUGAGGAUUGGUAUCAGUAUCUUCAUUCGGAGGAGUUCGCUCGUCGGGCAGAAUAA